AUAUGGUAGCAGCUCGAUCGGAGGCCUGCCAGUAUCAAUUGAGCCGGCGACAGCAACAGUUCUCGCAUCUUAACCGAAUCUUCUCGAGAAAUCCCAACACAAAUGGCAACUGCAACCAGCGGCAGUGGACUCCAUCUGGAGGCCAUCGAUCGCAUCGGCUCCAUUCCCCUGGUGGAAUCCAGUGUGAAGCGGGUGGAGACCAUCUACGAUAAGGUGAAGAACAACAAUAGGCUAUUCUCCUGGUACUUUGAGACGGCGGAGGCCACCAUUUCGGCCGCCUACGAAACCAUCCAGCCGGCGGUCAAGCUCUUCGAGCCAUCCAUUCAGCGCCUGGACAACGUGAUGUGCAAGAGCCUGGACAUCCUGGAGCAGCGCAUACCUCUGGUCUACCUGCCGCCCGAAAUGAUGUACUGGAACACCAAGGAGUACAUGUCCGAUCACCUGGUGCGUCCGGUUCUGAAGCGCGCCGAUUCCGUCAAGCAAAUCGGUAAUGCUGUCCUCGAGAGCCCACUUACCACUUAUGCAGCCGAGCGCAUUGAUGGCGCCUUCACAGCCGGCGAUAAGUUCGUGGACAAGUACCUGGUGCCCAUCCAAACGGAUCAGGAUCAGACCGACGGCCCACAGGAGGAUGAUAACGAUGCCGUGCCGGACGAGAAGGGCGCCAUCAAGGCGAUCCAUCAUGGUCAGCGCUUCUCCCGCAAACUGAAGCGCCGCCUCACCCAAAGAACCAUCGCAGAGGCUCGCGCCCUCAAAAAGCAGAGCAAGGAGGCGAUCCACGUGCUCUUCUAUGCCGCAGAAUUGAUUGCCACCGAUCCAAAGCAGGCCGUACAAAAGGCCAAGGAACUGUGGGUCUAUCUCAGUGCAGAUGAACCCGAGAAUCAAGCGAGGCCCGCCACUCUGGAGCAGUUGAUUGUGCUACUGACCCGCGAAUCGGCUAGGCGUGUGGUGCAUCUGGUGAACUUCAGUGCUCAUGUGGCAGCCAACAUACCCAGAAACCUGGCACACACGACAACAGAGGUUGCCCACCAUAUUAUCUAUAUCAACCAUCGCAUCAUCACAAUCUCCCGACUGGACAAGGUUAAAACCAUCUCCAAAGAGGAGGCUGAAUCUCUCUUCAAGCGCAUGCUGGCGUUCUAUGGUAGCCUUCAGGGCCUGACCAAUACCUACCUGGAGCGCGUAGCCAGCUUUCUAUCCGGACGCAUGGAGGCCGAGAAGGUGACGGGCAGCGAUGGCGGCAAUUCCAACCACAGGUCAUCGCGGAGGAGGCAGGAUCCGAACCAUUAUUCAGCCACCCACAAUAACAUCAACGGCGUCUACUAGCAUUGAAUUCUUUAUUGCUAUCGUAUUUUUAUUUCUCAUGAUAGAGUUCUGUUUCUCCGUGCAUAUACGGAAAAUACAGUAAACGAUAUUGUACAUCUAUUUUUAACAUAAUGCAUUUGACAAUAAUAUAAGCCUAACUUCACGCUUAA